AUGGGACGCAUAGCAGAUUUCCUAGGCGCCCCACAGUCUUCUGUUCGACGCAGGCCAAACCAGGUUAUAAUCCAGGGAGAAGAACCAACCAUAGAUCAGGUUCGACCACCAAGGCAAGCCCCUGACGAAAGAGUCAUGGGGGCAAGAUUGGAACAACAGCCAAUUCGACGGGAAGUCCCUGAAGAACAACCUAGGAUAGUGAUAAUGGUUAAUAGAGACCAGGAUGCAGACGAAGUAAUUCAUAGGGUCAGGCGGGAAAACAUGAUGGAAAAUGACUUAACUAGUAUGAUAGAGAGAAUCAUGGCCCAGAAUGGUCUGAAUAUAGGUUUUCAACGACCAAAUUAUUCCUCCCCUUUAUCAGAAUAUGUCCUACAAACAGAAUUACCAAGGGGUUGUAAAAUCCCUAAGUUCACCAGAUUCUCAGGGGACACUAGUGAAUCCACUAUAGAGCACAUAGCCAGAUACAUGACUGAGGCAGGGGAUUUGGCGGACAGUUCCGUCGAACGCUUAAAAUCUGAAAAGGCCAGAGCAAAUAAGAAUUAUAAGAAAGAGAGGGUUGCUUAUGUCGAAUUCGAAGACGGAGAGUCUGAAAUCUCUGAAGACCCUUAUGGUCUUGAGGAAUUCAAAGUAGAUUUGGCUGAAUUAAAAGAAGCACCACCUUAUGCCUGCAAAUUACUUACACCUUCGAAUGGCAGGAACCCUGUCGAAAUUGAAAAGAGUGAUAGAUUUCCAAAAAAGACUUACACAUUUGAUGUUACCAAAUGUGACGAGAUCUUCGAUUUAUUAGUAAAAGAUGGCCAAAUGAUAGUGCCUCCUAAUACCAAAAUUCCUCCGUUAGAACAACGGAAGAAAAGAGGCUUCUGUAAAUAUCACAAUUUUUUAGGCCAUAAAACCUCACAAUGCUUUCUUUUCAGGGAUCUUAUUCAGAAUGCAAUCAGGGAUGGCCGCCUCAAGUUCGCUGACAAGGGAAAGAACCAGAUGAAGGUUGAUGCUGAUCCCCUCAACAUUGCUGAGAUAAACUAUGCUGAACUUAUCGAAAUCAACACGAUUGACGUAGGGGAAGUCGAGGCUGUAAAGGCAACAGGAACUGAAGGCUAUGCGCCGGAUGGAAAGCAAGCUACUGAUGGCCUAAAUAAAAAUGUUUCUAUUGGAAUCUCUGUCAAAGGUAAACAGGAUGCUAACGUCGAACCAAUGGCCACCGAAGGUCUCAAGGGGAAAGCAACUGAGGCUACUGAGGGCCUAAGGAAGAAAUUCGAGGAAAUUUCAAUCACUGAUGGCGCUAGUCUAGGUGUCAACAUGGUGGAUUUGAAACAACCCCCCCCCCCCCAAAAUGGAGGAAGUGGAUAA